UAUAUAUAUGUCGUAAUGAAAUGGUCUUUUAUUUUGCAGUUGGCAAAUAAGUAUUGGGCACCACAUGUCAAGAAAAAGCUACCUUUCGAGUCAAAGGUUAUUGAAGAUGUGUAUGAAAAAGAAAUUGUUAAGUCAAAGUUUGCUAUAAGGAAAAUUAUGCUACUUGAGUUUAGCCAGUACCUUGAAAAUUACUUGUGGGUGAACUAUUCUCCAGAGGCGUCCAGUAAAGCUUAUGUGAUGUCAGUCUGCUGCAUGGUGAAUGAAAAGUUCAGAGAGAACGUUCCAGCGUGGGAGACCUUCAAAAAAAAGCCAGAGCACUUCCCGUUCUUUUUCAAACGUGUGCUGGAAGCUUCCUUGGCUGAGAAUGACUGCCAGUUUUCUCUUCAAGAGCAAACCAUACUUCUCCUCUUCCUUGAUCACUGCUUUAAUAGUUUGGAAGUAGAUUUGAUCAGAGGGCAAAUCCAGCAACUCAUCUCCCUGCCAAUGUGGAUGGCCCUGCAGCCUGCUCGUCUAGAACUUGAACUGAAAAAGACACCAAAGCUUAGAAAAUUUUGGAAUUUGAUCAAGAAGAAUGAUGACAAAAUGGAUGAAAAUACAAAGGCACAGGCAUAUCAAGAAAGAAGAUUUCUGUCACAACUGAUCCAGAAGUUCAUCUCAGUGUUAAAAUCAAUACCCAUUUCAGGUCCUGUCUCUAUGGAUAAAGUCCACUAUUGUGAAAGAUUCAUUGAACUCAUGAUAGAUCUGGAGGCUCUGCUUCCAACACGACGCUGGUUUAAUACUGUACUAGAUGAUUCUCACCUUGUGGUGCAUUGUUAUUUAUCCAGCCUAGCUAAAAGGGAAAAAGAAGGCCAUCUUUUCUGUCAGCUUUUAGACAUGCUCAAGUUCUACACUGGCUUUGAAAUUAAUGAUCAGACGGGAAAUGCCUUGACAGAAAAUGAGAUGACCACAAUUCACUAUGAUAGAAUUACUUCCCUCCAGAGAGCUGCUUUUGCGCAUUUCCCAGAACUCUACAAUUUUGCGCUCUCAAAUGUGUCUGCUGUAGAUACGCGUGAUUCCCUAGUAAAACUUUUUGGGCCUCUAAGUCCCAAUACACUCCACCAGGUGGCCUCGUAUCUCUGCUUAUUGCCAGCCCUACCUGAAGGGGAAGAUACAAGCUAUGGAAAAGACGUUCUUCUGGAAUUAUUGGUGUCCCGGCAUGAACGUCGAAUUUCUCAAAUUCAGCAGCUCAAUCAGAUGCCUUUAUAUCCCACCGAGAAGAUUAUUUGGGAUGAAAAUAUUGUUCCAACUGAAUACUAUUCUGGAGAAGGCUGUCUUGCCCUUCCGAAAUUGAAUUUACAGUUUCUGACUCUUCAUGACUACCUCCUGCGAAAUUUCAACCUCUUUCGUCUAGAAUCUACUUAUGAGAUCAGACAGGACAUUGAAGACAGUGUCAGCAGGAUGAAGCCAUGGCAGUCUGAAUACGGAGGUGUCGUCUUUGGUGGAUGGGCUCGAAUGGCACAGCCCAUUGUCUCUUUCACAGUGAUAGAGGUGUCAAAGCCCAACAUAGGAGAAAAUUGGCCCAUGAGAGUCCGAGCAGAUGUGACGGUGAACUUGAAUGUGAGAGACAACAUCAAGGAUGAAUGGGAAGGUCUGCGCAAGCAUGAUGUGUGUUUUUUAGUUACUGUCCGACCCACACAACCUUAUGGUACAAAGUUCGAUAGAAGGCAACCGUUUGUUGAGCAGACUGGUUUGGUAUACGUCAGGGGUUGUGAAAUCCAGGGCAUGUUGGAUGAUAAGGGACGCGUCAUUGAAGAAGGACCAGAACCCAAACCAAGGCUUAAAGGUGACUCGAGAACAUUCAGAGUCUUCCUGGAUCCUAAUCAGUAUCAACAGGACAUGACCAAUACCAUCCAAAAUGGAGCCGAAGAUGUCUAUGAGACAUUUAAUAUAAUAAUGAGAAGAAAACCAAAAGAAAACAACUUUAAAGCUGUUCUGGAAACAAUAAGGAAUUUGAUGAACACAGACUGUGUGGUUCCUGACUGGUUGCAUGACAUUAUCCUGGGCUAUGGAGACCCCAGCAGUGCUCAUUAUUCAAAAAUGCCGAAUCAGAUCAACUGCCUGGAUUUUAAUGAUACUUUCCUCUCCAUCGAUCACUUGAAAGCCAGCUUUCCCGGAUACAACAUUAAAGUAACUGUUGAAGAUCCUCUAUUGCAGAUUCCUCCAUUCAGGAUAACAUUCCCAGUCAGAAGUGAAGCUGGAAAGAAACGCAAAGAGAAUGAUGGAGAAAAAGUGGAAGAUUCCAAAACUUUAAUUGUUGAGCCACACGUUAUCCUCAACAGAGGACCUUACCCAUACAAUCAACCCAAACGCAAUACAAUUCAAUUCACCCACACUCAGAUUGAAGCUAUACGAGCAGGAAUGCAGCCUGGGUUGACUAUGGUUGUGGGACCACCUGGUACUGGGAAAACUGAUGUGGCAGUGCAGAUCAUAUCAAAUCUCUAUCAUAAUUUCCCUGAACAGAGGACUCUUAUUGUUACACAUUCUAAUCAGGCCUUGAACCAGCUGUUUGAAAAAAUCAUGGCUCUAGACAUUGAUGAGCGUCACCUCCUGCGUCUUGGUCAUGGAGAGGAAGAACUGGAGACAGAGAAAGACUUCAGCAGAUAUGGAAGAGUAAACUAUGUCCUAGCUCGGAGACUGGAGCUUCUGCGGGAAGUUGGCCGAUUACAGGAGAGUUUGGGUGUCCCAGGAGAUGUUUCCUAUACAUGUGAAACAGCCGGCCACUUCUUCUUAUAUCAAGUAAUGUCUCGUUGGGAAGAAUAUAUGAGCAAAGUGAAAAUUAAAGGCAGCAAACCUCCAGGUGUGGCUGAUAUCAGCAGCUUCUUUCCUUUUCACCAGUAUUUUGCAAAUGCCCCUCAACCGAUUUUUAAAGGUAGAUCUUAUACUGAAGACAUGGAAAUUGCAGAAGGGUGUUUUAGACAUAUCAAGAAGAUAUUUACUCAACUCGAGGAAUUCAGGGCAUUCGAACUACUACGCAGUGGGCUGGACAGAUCCAAAUACCUGCUUGUAAAAGAAGCAAAGAUCAUUGCAAUGACUUGUACGCAUGCUGCUUUGAAACGUCAUGAUUUGGUCGAGUUGGGUUUCAAGUAUGAUAACAUCUUGAUGGAAGAGGCUGCUCAGAUACUAGAGAUUGAAACUUUUAUACCACUUCUCUUACAGAAUCCACAGGACGGGUUCAGCCGAUUGAAAAGAUGGAUUAUGAUCGGGGACCAUCAUCAGUUGCCGCCAGUCAUUAAAAACAUGGCUUUUCAAAAAUAUUCCAACAUGGAACAGUCUCUUUUUACUCGUUUUGUUCGUGUGGGAGUGCCAACUGUUGACUUGGAUGCCCAAGGAAGAGCAAGAGCAAGUCUAUGUAAUCUUUACAACUGGCGUUACAAGAACCUGGGUAACUUGCCCCAUGUACAACUCUUGCCUGAAUUCAGAACGGCAAAUGCUGGUUUCUUGUAUGACUUCCAGCUGAUAAAUGUAGAGGAUUUCCAUGGUGUUGGAGAAUCAGAACCCAAUCCUUAUUUCUAUCAGAAUCUUGGUGAGGCCGAAUAUGUUGUUGCCCUGUUCAUGUAUAUGUGCCUGCUUGGAUACCCUGCAGAAAAAAUAAGUAUCUUGACAACAUACAAUGGACAGAAACACCUGAUCCGGGAUAUAAUUAAUCAGCGUUGUGGGAAUAAUCCAAUCAUUGGAAGACCAAACAAGGUGACAACUGUAGACAGGUUUCAAGGUCAGCAAAAUGAUUAUAUAAUCCUCUCCCUUGUGCGAACGAAAGCAGUUGGACAUUUGAGAGAUGUUCGGCGUCUGGUGGUUGCUAUGUCAAGAGCCAGACUUGGGCUUUAUAUCUUUGCAAGAGUAUCACUGUUCCAGAACUGCUUUGAGUUGACCCCAGCUUUCAGCCAGCUCACAGCUCGCCCUCUCCAACUACAUAUAAUUCCCACAGAGUAUUUUCCAACAGCUCGGCAGAAUGGAGAACAUCCAUCUCAUCAAGUGCACAUUAUAAAGAAUAUGCCCCAAAUGGCUAAUUUCGUAUACAAUAUGUAUAUGCAUAUGAUACAAACUACUCGUCAACACAGACAGCAGGAUUUCUUGCCCCCUCCGGCAUUUGUUGAAGAAAGUGAAACACUUCGGUCUCAAAAAGGUGAAAUAAUUCAGAGCAAGGAAGCUGAAAUGGAAACAGAAGCUGAAAUCAGAACCACAUCAUUGGAAACUGCAGAAGAGAAUACUUUGGAAGAGAAACAAAAAGCAGGAGAGGGAGAGGAAGAGCAUCGGAAAAUGCCUGAACAUCCUGGGAGAGAUAGUGAUAGUGAAGACAGUGAAACAGAGGAGGGUGCUGAGAAAUGAACUUUUGUCUUUCAAGCACAAGCCUGAAAAAACACCUGCAUAUAAAGUUGCUAACAUAUCCACUCUUGCAGUGGGCCAAACUUCUACUUGACAGAAGUAAAUAGUAUGAUACUUGAAGUAUUGGCCAGAAUCCUAUUCGCAAUUUACCCGGUUUGCAUAAGGAAAAGUAAAUCUUAGCAAAUUGCUGCUCGUUAACCAGUUGCUGGUUGUGCUUAGGAUCACACACCCGGUUGCAGAGUUAAGUGCAAGCAGCUUCUUAAUGAGCGGCACAGCGAGCAGCUUGGUAAUGUCUGGCAAUUUGCGCACUAAGAGUUUUGCAAUUUCUCUUAUUCAAUCUUUAAAUAGCUAAUCUUGAACAUAAACAUAAGGAGCCAUUGAUGUGGUUGCAAUUGAAGUCUAUAGGCAGAAUUGUGUCUCUUUUUUUUACUUGUAUAUGCUGUAUUUAGUAAAACAUUUUUAGACUA